GGUGACGAGGGCAGAGGAGACUAUCAGGAGAGAGCAGCAGCAGAUUCAGGAGAUGAGACAGAGAGAGACUGAGUUAGUGCAGGCCAAGGACAGGGAGAUAGCUCCGCUUCAGCAGCAACUGGGGGAAAAGCACUCUUACACAUGUCGGUCAGUGGACCUGGUCUAACAUCAGCCACAGUCAACCAACCAACACACGUCCUAGUCCAACUAACUGACUCUAGUGGUAGACCAUACUCACUUCCACUGAAUGUCA